GGUCUCUUUUCAACCUCCUGUUUAAUCAGCAUAUUCCUCCUGAACUGAGGAAUAAAUGGGUUCUGAAAUGAAUUUAAUAGGACAUCAUCAGCUAGCCUCUGGUGAUGGAUUUCCUCUUGCUGAAGGUCCUCAUUUGUUUGGUGUCCUUUCAGAACCAAUGAGUUCUCCAGUGCAAGAGGCAGAUGUGUCACCUUAUGCACAGUACAACAAUGUGCCAUUUCCUCAAGUUCAGCCUCAGAUCUCAUCGCCACCUUAUUACUCCAACCUAGGCUUCUACCCUCCACAGCAUGAGGAAUGGUACUCGCCUGGGAUGUAUGAACUCAGGAGGUUACCCUCAGAGACCUUUUUCACAAGGGAGACAGAGAUAAUGGACAUCCCUGCAGCCAAAAAGCCUAGACUGGGCCACUCCACGGGAAGAGUGAAAGGAGAAGAGCUCUGUGUGGUCUGCGGUGACAAAGCCUCUGGGUAUCACUACAACGCCCUGACUUGUGAAGGAUGCAAAGGAUUCUUCAGAAGAAGCAUCACAAAAAAUGCAGUAUACAAGUGUAAAAAUGGAGGCAACUGUGAGAUGGACAUGUACAUGAGGAGAAAAUGCCAGGAGUGCCGUCUAAGGAAAUGCAAGCAGAUGGGCAUGUUGGCUGAAUGUCUCUUAACAGAGAUACAGUGCAAGUCAAAAAGGCUACGGAAAAAUGUGAAGCAGCCCCCAGAUCAGACAGUCAGUGAAGACAACGAAGGCCAUGAUGUGAAACAAGUAACUUCUACAACUAAAAUAUAUAGGGAGAAGGUAGAAUUUACACCAGAGCAGCAGAAACUUCUUGAUUAUAUUAUGGAUUCAUACAGUAAACAACAAAUACCCCAGGAGGUGUCAAAAAAGCUACUGAAUGAGGAGUUCAGUGCUGAAGGAAAUUUUCUGAUUUUAACGGAAAUGGCCACCAGUCACGUGCAGGUUCUUGUGGAAUUCACUAAAAAACUACCAGGCUUCCAAACCCUUGAUCAUGAAGACCAGAUUGCUUUGCUGAAGGGCUCAGCAGUAGAAGCCAUGUUCCUCCGCUCCGCUGAGAUCUUCAGCAGGAAACUUCCCUCGGGACACACCGUCCUCCUGGAAGAGAGAAUCCGCAAUAGUGGUAUCUCAGAUGAAUUCAUAACUCCCAUGUUUAAUUUUUAUAAAAGCAUUGGAGAGCUGAAGAUGACACAGGAAGAAUAUGCACUGCUCACAGCCAUAGUUAUCCUGUCUCCAGAUCGACAAUACAUAAAGGACAGAGAUUCUGUGGAAAGGCUUCAAGAACCACUGCUGGAUAUUCUACAAAAAGUCUGCAAACUUCACCACCCAGAUAACCCUCAACACUUUGCAUGCCUUCUGGGCCGUCUCACAGAAUUACGGACAUUUAACCAUCACCACGCAGAGAUGCUGAUGUCAUGGAGAGUGAAUGAUCACAAAUUCACACCUCUCCUCUGUGAGAUCUGGGAUGUGCAGUGACGGAUGCUUCUUUAUUUUAUUUUAGGAGAAUUAUCUUUUUAAAGGACCACAUAGCACUUACUCUCAUAGAGAAGUUCCCACGGUGCAUUAUAUUUUCUUUACUUCAUUUUUAUAGAAACAUGCCAUGGAUUCAUAAAAGUCAUUUUGUCCACUAUACACAGAAUAUUGUAUAGCUAUCAGACUCUCACAUGUGAGUAUAACUUUUUCUGUAUUUAUACCCCUUGACCAGAAAGAGCCCACCAGCUCUUCAGAGGAACACAAUUACUUCCUGCUGCAAUUAAACUGAUUGCAGUAACUGUUCCUCUGUAAAGAAAUGGGGAAAUUUAAGUUUCCAUUCAUAAUUUUUCAUUGCAGUGUUUUUUUGUUCUUUACCUCUGACAAAGAAUAUAUUCCAGAUUGUUACAGUAAUAAACCAGCUGAAAUGGUUAAUGUCAUAGUCAUUUGCUGUUCAACUCUGAAAUGUGUUCAUGUUAAGGUGUGCAAGAUGUUAGUUCUUCACAAAAUGAAAAAUUAUGUAAUGGAGAAAAACCACAUACACACAAAAACUCUUUUAAUGAUAUAACAUGUAACUUCCAUUGCAUUAUUAUUUCGAAGUAAAAAUUAUAGAGUAUCUUUACUUUGU